AAGAAGAGAAGGAGAUAGCGAGAGGAGGGAGGGAGGGAAGAUCCGGGUGAAAUCCUGUGGUGGUUCAUGGACCAUGCUCCUUGUUGAAGAGAUAUUUUCUUCUUCUCUUUUUUGUGAUUAAUGAGAUAAGAAGAGGAAGGGAGGAAGGAAGAAACGAAGCAAGAAGUGAUAGAGAAGAGGGGAUUUAGUGAGGAAGGAGGGGGGAGAUAGAUGCUUUGGAGCUGGGAUGGAGCAGCUGUGGGCACCGUCUCUUCCGGUUCUUGGAGGAAGGAUUUUGCCUAUGCUCAGGCAUCCCUGUGUCUUUGGCAGUCAUCAUCCACUAACCUGUAGAAGGUUUCAAAUUAAUGAAAGAAACCAUAAGCAUAAUGGGUGUUGGACUGCAUAUUGCUUACCAAGUGACAAUGAAGUUUCUAUUCCAGAAGCAAAUGGUGCUAAAAAAGACUUAGCUUUGCCUGACAGUUUGCUUCGUGAUGCUCGUAUUCUGUAUUGUACAUCUCCUGCCAUGGGUCAUAACAAGGAAUCACAUCCAGAAUCUAACAAAAGAGUUCCUGCAAUAGUUGAAGCUCUCGAAAAAUUUGAGCUUACUCCGAAGCUUCGUGGUUCACAGGUUCUUGAAAUUCAAAAUUUCCAACCUGCUUCUCUUGAUGAUGUUGCACGAGUUCAUUCAAGAUCAUACAUAACAGGACUCGAAAAGGCUAUGAGUAGAGCUUCAGACGAAGGUUUGAUAUUCAUUGAAGGAACUGGACCAACAUAUGCUACACAGACUACUUUCCAUGAGUGUCUCCUUUCAGCUGGUGCUGGAAUUACACUGGUUGAUUCAGUGGUUGCAGCAUCCAAGUUGGGGCCAACUCCACCACUUGGUUUUGCCUUAGUAAGGCCACCAGGACAUCAUGCUGUCCCCGAAGGUCCCAUGGGCUUUUGUGUCUUUGGGAACAUUGCAGUGGCCGCUCGGUAUGCUCAGCAUCAGCAUGGAUUAAGGAGGGUCAUGAUAAUAGACUUCGAUGUUCACCACGGUAACGGCACAUGUGAUGCCUUUUAUGACGAUCCAGACAUAUUCUUCCUCUCAACUCAUCAGCUUGGAAGCUAUCCUGGCACUGGCAAGAUCCACCAAGUUGGCCAGGGCAACGGUGAGGGCACGACGCUCAACCUGCCACUGCCUGGUGGCGCAGGCGACUACGCGAUGAGGUGUGCAUUUGAUGAGGUUAUUGCUCCAGCAGUGCAGCGGUUCAAGCCUGAUAUCAUCCUUGUUUCAGCCGGGUACGACGCGCACGCGCUGGACCCUCUGGCCGGGCUGCAGUUCACGACGGGGACGUUCUACGCGCUGGCGGCGAGCAUCAGGGAGCUGGCGGCGGAGCUGUGCGGCGGGCGGUGCGUCUUCUUCCUGGAGGGCGGCUACAACCUGCGGUCGCUGUCCAGCUCCGUCGCCGACACCUUCCGCGCGUUCCUCGGCGAGCCCAGCCUCGGCGCGCAGCUCGACGACCCGGCGAUGCUGUACGAGGAGCCCACCCGGAAGGUCAGGGAGGCCAUCGACAAGGCCAAGCACCUCCACUCGCUCUAGCCGGCCAAAAGAUUACGCUACCAUUUCACUUGAAGCUACUGCAUGAGGCAUGAUGGUACAAGAUCAUUCCUGUCUCUUGCUAGCUUUUGUGGUUACAGACUUAUGUAGUGUAUAUGUACUUAGGACGGUGUAUAUAGUACUCCUAUAUGGUUGGAUGAUGUGAUCAUUUACAUCAUCUUGGUUACUGUGAACCAGAAUGGCAGAUACGUUCCAUCACAAGCAUAUUAAUACCAACCGUGUGGAUUAUUAAUACCA